CGACGUUAGAGAAUAAAGAGAGAGAGGAGGAGGAAGAGGGGAUAAAAACUCUAAAAAAGAGAGGAAAAUGAGCACAAACUGAGAGUUUUCAACACCGAGUAUAAAGUAGGUAUUAUAAACUGAAUAAUUACUGACUCUCUGUCGGAGUUUGACUUUAAUAAACUCUGAAUUUGGAGGUUAUUUUGUUCUCUAACGCGCCGUCUAGAGUUUUCAGAUAACUGUGAAUUAUUACACCUUAAACACUAACUUCAGAUUUAUAAAGCUGAUUAAUCCAUAUAUAUUUACUGUAUCUAACGGCGUCUUUCUUGUAUUUAUAUGGUUUAUUUACGGAUCGAUAGAAUAACUUUGAUUAUCAGGUGAAGUUUGGACUUUAAAUGCUGAAUUUUCCUUAAAAAAAACUCUUAUUACACAGUUAAUGUUGUUUUUAACGGUUUCCUGGGUUUGAUGUGUGUUAAAGGUUUGAUUAGACAUUAAAAUAUUCUCCUUUUCUUUUGUUUGUAUUUGACCUCUCUGAUGUGUGUGUCUCUCAGGGUCAUUUCACACCGACAUGAAGAAGAGGACGGGAAGGAGGUCAAAGUCUGGAUCUGAGGACUGUGAGUGAUCUGAACAAACCCCCCUGAGUCUGAACGGAUCACCGAUCUGAUAUCAAAGUUUUACUGGAACAAAUGAAAAUAACUAAUAAUAAUAAUGAUAAUGAUAAUAACUUUAUUUUUAUAGUGCUUUUAUGAACAGAAGUUUACAAAGUGCUUUGACACAUAGUCAUACAAAGACAGAUAAAAACAAAAAGCUCAGUAAAAAUGGAAUUAAAGACUAUUUUUAUAAGACAAAACAAGAACCUACAACAUAAACUGAGACCAUGAGGACCGAAAUAAAAACAUGAAAUAGGAAAGAAAAAGGAAAAAGCCGAGCUGCUGCUGCAUCUGAACUGAAUUUUAUUGGGGUUUUUUUUCCUGCUCAUUUUUGUUCUUCCAUUUUAUCAUUAUAAUUACCAUCAUAUUUAUUUUAUUGUGAUUAUAUUAUCAUUAUUAAUAUUGUCGUUUAAUAUUUACUAUCCUGUUUCUCCUUUUAUUACGUUUCUUUUUCUUUCCUAUUUGAUGUUUUUAUUUCGGUCCUCAUGGUCUCAGUUCAUGUUGUCGAGUUCUUGUUUUGUCUGAGUUUCUUAUGACAAAUGAAAUUGUUCUUCACUCCAGAGGUUUUUAACUGAGCUUUUGUUUUAUUAUUUUAUUUUAUUUCCAUGUGCUGAUGAUCUGUGCUUUACGACUCUUUGUCAAAGCACUUUGUAAACUGAUGUUUUUAAAAGUGAUAUAAAAAUAAAGUGAUUGUUAUCUUUGUCGUCGUUGUUGUUGUUGUUGUGUAGGCUGUGCUCUCUGCGGUCUCAGGGAUGAUGAUCCGGCCAUGUUUGGAGAAAAAGUCACUCUGAAAGAGCACAAGCUCUCCGUUCAUUACUUCUGUUUGGUGAGUCUAAAAGUUCUGGAAUCGUGUUCUGAGGAUCCUGAACUUUGAGUUUUCUUCUAGAUUUAUAAAUCUUUGUAGAUGUCUUCAUCUGUAAGGAGGUUUAUUCCUCUGAAGGAGGAUAUUUUCUGUAAUCCUCUGCAUGUUUCUGCUUCAGCUGACGUCUUGUGGAGUUUACCAGCGAGGAGAGGAGACCGAGGGCGUCUUUGGGUUCCUGAUCGAGGACAUCAAACAGGAGAUCCGCCGCUCGUCUCGUCUGGUCAGACAUUUAGAUUCACUCUUAGUCCAAAUCUGUGUUCACGCUCUUUAAACUCAACAUUUCUACCCUCGGUUUACUCUGUGUGCGUUCCUCUUGUGUGUGUAUUGACUGCGUUGAUAUUGUGUGUGUUUUCAGACAUGCUGCUGCUGUAAGAAGAAGGGGGCGUGUGUCGGCUGUGUCGUCCGUAGCUGCAGGAAGAAGUUCCACUUCUCCUGUGGGAGGAAACACCAGUUCAUCUCUCAGUUUAUGGGACUCUUCCCGUGAGUGACCCACCUCACACACGGACCCCAAGGAGGUCUACAGACACAUCAUCUUCAUCGUGGUUUCCUGUUUGUGUGCAGGUCUUUCUGUCCGGACCACAGUCCCUCUCAGUCUCUGUGUGUGGACCCAGACCUCAGUCUGCCUCAGUCCUGCUCCAUCUGUCUGGACUCCAUCGAGCCCGUCCUCGGCUUCUCCGUCCUCAAAUGUCCUUCCUGUCACACCAGCUGGUUCCACCGAGACUGUGUCCAGGUAUCAUCAUCACAACAACAACGACACUCAGCUGUCGAUCAUGGAGUCGAUUGAUUGUUGGAUUAUUGAUGAUCUGUUUGUUUGUGUGUCAGCGUCAGGCCCACAGCGCCGGCCUCUUCUUCUUCAGAUGUACUCUGUGUAACAACAAGGAGGACUUCCAGGAGGAGAUGCUGAGGAUGGGGGUCUUCAUCCCUGAGCGGUAACACACACACACACACACACACACACACACACACACACACACACACACACCCGUGACCUUCAGGAGCUUCUCCAUCAGAGACCAAAAGUCACGUCUGUGUUUUUGUUUGAUCUGCAGAGAUGCAUCCUGGGAGUUGGAGGCUGGCGCGUUCUCAGAGCUGCUGGAGGUUUACAGACGCUGCGACGCCCUCACCUGUCUGUGUGUGGACGGGCGCUCGCACUCCGCAGAGUCUGGGUAAUUUGACCCUUUAUUGAAGACGUUACACGCUCACUCCUCCGCCUCCUCAUGGUUGUUUUUGACGCCGCUGCGUGUCGGUUUUCUUCAGGUGGUUCCAGGUGAUCCGCUGCCGGCUGUGUGGAUCCAGAGGGACUCACAGGAAGUGUUCUGGACUGAGGUUGGGUACCAGACACUGGUCCUGCAGCGACUGCACGCCGACGUCCGACGGGAUAGGUCUGAGACUCUUAAAGGACCCGAGACUCAAAAUUCAGAGAUGUCCACGGUGAGAGAAAACUGAGAUUAACGUGUCUGCUCCCGUCCUGCAGCCUCCCUGGUUUCGUCUCCUCAGAGGCGGAGUCUGCCGUCCAAACGCCGCUCGUCUCCCAUCCACUCCUCCAUCAGCUGUAAGAGGUAAACAAAACAAACACACCUUCUGUCUUUUGUCUGAUUUUAAGACAAAGACAUUAAAUCUGUCUUUCUCCGUCCGUCUCAAAGACCAUCUCUGCCUGUCGGGUGUGGGUCACCUGAGGACCUCCUGCAGGUUCUGGCCCCUCAGCUCAGUCCGGUCACGGUUCAGGUGGAGGUGGACGGGGACCAGGUUUUGUCUGCAGGUGUGGAGCUGGUGAGGAGGGCGGACUUUGACCCCACACACACUUUGUCCAUCAGGUGAGACGAGGACGAACACACACUGGGGGGGUGGGGUUUUUCUUUAUCCUCCAAUCAGAAAGGGCGACCACAGAUCUCUCUGUUUGACUCCGCCCAGCUUUAAAGAUGGCGAGCAGACCGCGUUUCCCAGCAGCCUCCGGGAGAACAACACAGCCAGGCACUAUUUCCUGAAGGUGCUGAUGCAGCAGAUCCAGGACUGCGGGGUGUUUGAGGGACCAGAGGGAUCCAAGAACCUGGCGCUAGACUCCCAAGGUAGUUUUGAAUCCCUGCCUGUUGCUCCCCGUCCCGAACCUUGUCCUUGUUUCUGAGAGAACACAUCUAUGUCCUCCUCCCACCAAACUUCAUUCACAAAAACAAUCAUUUUGUCUCUUAAACCUGUUGAUGUUUUUCUGCACAGACCUGACAACUAACUCCAUUCCUGUGAGACUUUAAGUCUUUUGAACAUCAAGUUUUCCUUCAGCCUGAUAUUCCUGUGAUUAACCCUUAUGUAACGGUGUGGCUAAAAAGAGCCACUAGGGACAGAAUUUAGCCACCAAUUUCCACCUAACUUUUUUUUUACUGCACCAAAUGGGAUGAUUUUUUUUGUGGAUGCUUAUAUUGAUGGACACUUUGAAAAUAUUACUUCAAAAUUUUCACCAGGUCAAAAAUAGGCGCUCGGCAAAUUUUACACCCUUAGGUAACGCUCAGUGGCUAAAAAAAGCAUAUUGGAUUCAUAUUUUUUCCAGAUUUUUUUUCAUAUAUCUCUUAAUUAACUUCUGCUCUAUUCAAAAAUAGUAAAUUUUUCAUGUAAAAAUUUUUUUUUAACCCUUUGAGGGUCCAUUCAAAGCAUAAUGUCACUGAUAUGUUAGAAAAAUACACAAAAAUGGCCUAUUUUCAUCAUAAAACAUUAGAAACAGGUGAUUUUUUUACAUGUUGCAUAGUCUUGGCCUUGUGAAGGAUUAGGAACCUCAGAAACUAUGAUGAAUUUUUGUGUAAUGUCUGAUUUUCAUAGAAACUUUCAGAAAACCCUCAUAAAAACACUUGCACUAUUCAUGUCUUUUCGAUACUCGCAUUUUCUUUGCCUUUGCCAUUUUUUUUAGCCACUGAGCGUUACCAAAGGGUGUAAAUUGCGACGGUUACACAAGGGUUAAAAAACUGUAGAAGAGGCAGCAGAAGAUCAGCAGCUCCUUCAACUCCUCCAUUCCUUAAAUCGGUUGUUUUGUGAAUGGGGUUUGGUGGCUUUAAGGAGACAUGUGCAACAAUUCAAUUCAAAUGGACAAGUCUAUGUCUGCAGGAACAUUUUUUUAAUUUUGUGUGUGUGUGUGUGUGUGUGUGUGUGUGUGUGUGUGUUUACACAGCUCUGCGUGACGACCUGUACUUCGACGUGGGCUGCCUGCUCGCCCUCGCUCUGGCUCACGGCGGUCCUCCUGUCGGCUUCUUCUCUCCCGCCCUCUACCAGUGUCUGUUCAACCACCCCCCCAACCUCCCGCUCACCCUCUCACACAUGACCCCCGACACGCACUUCACCCGCCAAGUCAGCCGGGUGAGUAAAAACGCCCCACAUGAGCGUCUCUUUCUGAGUGAGCGAGUGACUGAUUGGCUGGUUUCAGAUGGCGGAGGCGGAGUCUCUAGACGAGCUGAGGGAAGUGAUGGCGGAGAGCUGGGAGUACCUGGAGCUGGCCGGAUGCAACCGACCAAUCAGCCGCCUGGAGGAGAGGGAGGCUCUGGUGGAGGAUCUGGUCAACUUCACCAUGAUCAGCAGGAUGCAGGUCCCACUGCAGAGGUAGAGACCCUGCUCAGAUCUUCAUGUUCACGGUCUGAGUCUCCGGUCUUCUAACAGCUGGUUUGUUUCCUCCAGGUUCAGGGAGGGUCUGCAGACUUUAGGCGUCUUUGAUCAGGUGACUUUGACCUCCUCCCUUCACUGUAGAACCUCACCAGCAGAUGUUUGACCUCCUCUAAACCUCCCCUCCUCUCUGAUCCAGGUGCAGCUCUUCCCCUCCGUGUUUCUCGGGGUUUUCUGCGAGGCGACGGUCCAGCUCACGGCUCAGACUCUGGGUCAGCUGUUCACCGUCACCUUUUCCACCCAGGAGGAGAAACUGAACAUGGAGACCCCCGUCAGCUCCUUCUGGAGCCGCUUCCUGCUGGAGUGUGAAGGUACGACCUCCUGAGCCGAGUCAGAAGAUCCAAAAACACCUGAACAGGUUUUUAAAAUCUGCAAAAAAGAGACGCACGAAAUUUAACUUUGGAUUUGCUUCCUCCUCUCCUCUCCUCUCCUCUCCUCUCCUCUCCUCUACUUUCCUCUCCUCUCCUUGUCUCCUCUCCUCACCUUUCUUAUACCCCUUUCUCCUCUCCUUCCUUGUCCCUUCUCCUGUCAUCUCCUCUCCUCUGCUCUACUUUCUUCUUCUCUCCUCUCCUCUUCUCUUCUUCCUCCCAUCCCCUUUUGCUUCCUUGUCUUCUCUCCUUUCCUUGUCUCCUCUCCUGUCCUUUUCUCUCCUCUCCUCUCCUCUCCUUGUCUCCUCUCCUCUCCUUUUCUCUCCUCUCCUCUCCUAUCCUUGUCUCCUCUCCUUUUCUCUCCUCUCCUUUCCUCUCCUUGUCUCCUCUCCUCUCCUUUUCUCUCCUCUCCUCUCCUCUCCUCUCCUUUUCUCUCCUCUCCUUGUCUCCUCUCCUCUCCUCUCCUUUUCUCUCCUCUCCUCUCCUCUCCUCUCCUUUUCUCUCCUCUCCUCUCCUUGUCUCCUCUCCUCUCCUCUCCUUUUCUCUCCUCUCCUUGUCUCCUCUCCUCUCCUCUCCUUUUCUCUCCUCUCCUUGUCUCCUCUCCUCUCCUCUCCUUUUCUCUCCUCUCCUCUCCUCUCCUUUUCUCUCCUCUCCUUGUCUCCUCUCCUCUCCUUUUCUCUCCUCUCCUCUCCUCUCCUCUCCUUUUCUCUCCUCUCCUUGUCUCCUCUCCUCUCCUCUCCUCUCCUCUCCUCUCCUUUUCUCUCCUCUCCUCUCCUCUCCUCACCUUUUCUCUCUCUCCUGUCCUCUCCUCUCCUCUCCUUGUCUCCUCUCCUCACCUUUCCUCUUCUCUCCUUUUCUCUCCUCUCCUCUCCUUGUCUCCUCUCCUCUCCUCUCCUCUCCUCUCCUUGUCUCCUCUCCUUUUCUCUCCUCUCCUCUCCUCUCCUUUCCUCUCCUCUCCUCUCCUCUCCUCUCCUCUUCCUCUCUCUCCUGUCCUCUCCUCUCCUCUCCUUGUCUCCUCUCCUCACCUUUCCUCUUCUCUCCUUUUCUCUCCUCUCCUUUCCUCUCCUCUCCUCUCCUCUCCUCUUCUUCCCUCUCCUCUCCUCUCCUCUCCUCUUCCCUUGUUUCCUCUCCUCAGUCGGUAGGACCUCCAUCUCUCUACAGGACCUCCUCCAUUUCGCCACAGGAUCCGAGGAGCUCCCAGCAGCCGGCCUCCUCCCUCCUCCGUCCAUCUCCUUCCUCCACCCUGUCUCCGCCUCCUCACCCCCAACAGAGACGAAGGAGACUCCGACACAAAGAAGAAGAAAGCAGCAGCAGAAGAAGAAGAAGAAGACUCUCAGAGUGGAGAAGGAGGCGUGGAGGGACGGCGGGUUCUUCCCUCAGAGCAAGCCCAGCUCCAGACUCCUCCUCCUGCCCGUCGUCUCCUCCUAUCAGACCUUCAAGAGCGCCAUGGAGCAGGCGGUCAGCCACCACGUUCACCUCCUCCCUACGGAGAGCUAGAGGAGGCGAGGAGCUCAGAAAUACGAACAUUAACACCUUUUUUACUUUGGGGUUUUUUUUAUGGUCAGCGGACUCUUUUAAGCUCCGCCCCCUUUGGUUACAGGACUGAUUAUGAUGCAGGUCCUUGAAAAGUUUGUUUUUGAGGUUUUGAAACGCCUGGAAAAGUUUUUUUUUUAAAGUCAAACUUCAGUUAUUAUACAGAAAUAUUUCUAUUUUCUAUCCAAUCAGGUUUGAGCGUGAACCGUUCUCUCUGAUGUUUUAUAGUUUAGUAAAAAAAAAAAGGUGCUGUCUGUAUAAACGUGUCUUAAAGCUGCUCUGCAUGUUGUACAAAGUCGUUCUGAACAGAUGAGGUUUCCUGUUUGAAGAGUUUGGACUCCUCAGUUUUAUCCUGGAGAGGGUUUGAAGAGCUCUCAGAUUCAGUCCGUUAAGUUACCCACAGUCAGGUCUCAUGAUCAGUUUUCUGUUUUUACACCAAAAUACCGUCUCAGUCUUCUGUUAGUUUCUGUGUUACUCAAAAGAAAGAAGGUGUCUUUUUCAAACAUGUUUUUAUUUUGAACUUAUCCUCCUGUUAUACCGUCAGAAACACUCCUGAUUACAGCAUUAAUGAUGAGUUUGAUCUUUAUUCCUGUCUAUCAGAUUUCUAAAUCUCUUCAAACCUGUUUUCAUUUUGUCCUUAUUUAUCUGCUCCUCCUGUUUGGUGCUGUGAGGUCAGUCCUCUUUGGUGGAUUAUAAACACUGAGACAAAAACAAACUCUUCUGUCACCUGCUGUCUUUUACCUUUAAAGCACUAAUCUUUGAUAUUUCAGAGCACAUGAAGGGAACAACAUGAGGACGACAACUACCGAAGUUUCGUAUACAAGAAAUAUCAAAUAGCUAAUAAAUAUCACAUUAAAGUUUGGGUAGUCAGGAUCUGAGUUAGUGCCAGUUCCCCUCAGCUCCUCCUCUCCCCUC